AUGGCUGUCUCCGACCCAUCAACCGGGGCCAAGACAACGGCGAAUCUGGGCCCUGAGCAUUCGGCUCCCAGAGCCGAGACUAACUUAUUAGACACAUCGGAUGCCUUUACUCCAGACCCAGGCACUGAAGACAUGUUCAGGGUUGAACGAAACAAAUUCGCUUUCAGUCCGGGGCAACUUUCGAAAUUAUUCAACCCCAAGAGUCUUAACGCCUUCUAUGCUCUUGGAGGGCUCAACGGCAUAGAAAAGGGCCUGAGGACUGAUCGCAAUACUGGCCUCAGCGUCGAUGAAUCGACAUUAGAUGGCGAGGUUGACUUUUACGAUGUUGUGCCGAAGGGAACACCAAAACACGGCACUGCUGGCGAUACCAUCCCUGAGAGCAAUACCGAGGCGGCAGUACACAUACCUCCUCCCGAUGACCCGAAUCCUACAGGCGCUUUCUGCGACCGCAAGAAGAUAUUCAGAGACAAUCGACUUCCCGAGAAGAAGACCAAGUCCUUACUCGAGAUUGCCUGGACCACCUACAACGACAAAGUACUCAUCCUUUUGACUAUUGCUGCUGCAAUAUCGUUAGCUCUUGGACUGUACCAAACUUUUGGUGGCGAGCACAAACCAGGGGAACCCAAGGUUGAAUGGGUUGAAGGUGUGGCGAUUAUCGUCGCUAUUGUCAUUGUUGUGCUUGUCGGUACAAUCAACGAUUGGCAUAUGCAAAGGCAAUUCACCCGACUCACCAAGAAAACCAAUGACCGUAUGGUCAACGUGCUUCGCUCCGGAAAGUCUCAAGAAAUAUCCAUCAACGAUGUGAUGGUUGGUGAUGUUAUGCACCUCGCUACUGGAGACAUCGUACCUGUAGAUGGUAUCUUUAUACAAGGCAGCUCUGUCAAGUGUGAUGAGUCUUCGGCCACCGGAGAGUCUGAUCUUCUGCGAAAAACACCAGCUGCCGAAGUCUUUGAUACAAUGCAAAAGCCAGAUGCGAAGGACGUGGAGAAGCUUGACCCCUUCAUCAUCUCUGGCAGCAAGGUCAACGAGGGCAAUGGAACCUUCCUUGUCACUGCCGUGGGUGUCAAUUCCAGUUACGGUCGUAUCUCGAUGGCACUUCGUACCGAGCAAGAAGACACGCCACUUCAAAGGAAACUCAACGUUUUGGCAGAUUGGAUUGCCAAGGUCGGUGCCGGCGCUGCGUUACUGCUCUUCAUCGUGCUCUUCAUCAAGUUCUGCGCCCAACUUCCGAACAACCGUGGCACACCUUCCGAAAAGGGGCAGGAAUUCAUGAAAAUCUUCAUUGUCUCCGUCACUGUUGUCGUUGUGGCUGUCCCAGAAGGACUGCCCUUGGCAGUAACACUGGCACUGAGCUUUGCGACCGUCAAGAUGCUUCGUGAUAACAAUCUUGUCCGAAUUCUCAAAGCCUGCGAAACCAUGGGAAAUGCCACGACUGUUUGUUCCGACAAGACGGGAACACUGACUCAGAACAAAAUGACUGUCGUUGCCACCACUCUGGGAAAAGCUACAAGUUUCGGUGGCACUGAUGCGCCUUUGGAUAAGUCUAUAAAGAUCAACCAGGAUGCUAUCACCGUGCCCAAUGUUUCGGAGACAGAAUUUGCGAAGGGACUAAGUCAAGAGGUCAAAAACAUCCUCGUUCAGUCCAAUGUCCUCAACUCGACUGCCUUUGAAGGCGACCAGGAGGGACAGCAAACAUUCAUCGGGUCCAAAACUGAGGUCGCUUUGCUGACAUAUUGUCGAGAUUACCUCGGAUCAGGCCCAGUUCAGGAGGCUCGAUCAACUGCUGAAGUUGUACAAACCAUUCCCUUUGACAGCAAAUACAAGUACAGUGCUGUCGUAGUAAAGCUAGCCAACGGAAACUAUCGAGCCUAUGUGAAGGGUGCCUCUGAGAUCCUUUUGGGCAACUGUACCAAGACUCUCGAAAACUCGUCCCAGGGAGGCUUGACUCCGGUCCCUUUGACAGAUGCUGAUCGAAACAUGUUCAACUUAAUCAUCAGCUCCUACGCAGGCCAGACUCUUCGAACUAUUGGUUCUUCAUAUCGAGACUUCGAAUGCUGGCCGCCUGAGGGAGCGGCUUCUCGGGACAAUCCACGACACGCAGACUUCAAGACCGUGCAUCAGGACAUGACCCUGAUCGGCAUCUACGGUAUCAAAGACCCAUUGCGACCUACCGUCAUUAGUGCUCUUGGAGACUGUCGUCGAGCUGGCGUGGUUGUAAGAAUGGUUACAGGCGACAACAUUCAGACUGCCUCCGCUAUUGCUUCUGAAUGUGGCAUCUUUCGACCUGACGAAGGUGGCAUUGCCAUGGAGGGACCGGACUUCCGAAGACUUCCGCCCGAAGAGCUCAAAGAGAAAGUGAGAUACCUCCAGGUUCUGGCUCGCUCAAGUCCCGAAGAUAAACGCAUCCUUGUUCGCACUCUUAAAGAACUUGGAGAGACAGUCGCAGUCACCGGCGACGGAACCAAUGAUGCUCCCGCUUUGAAGAUGGCUGAUAUUGGAUUUUCCAUGGGUAUUGCUGGAACAGAAGUGGCAAAGGAAGCAUCGUCAAUUAUCCUUCUCGAUGACAACUUUGCUUCUAUCGUAAAGGGUUUGAUGUGGGGUCGUGCUGUUAACGAUUCCGUCAAGAAGUUCCUCCAGUUCCAACUGACUGUCAAUAUCACAGCUGUGGUGUUGACUUUUGUCUCAGCCGUCGCAAGCAGCACACAAGAAUCUGUCCUCAAUGCUGUUCAGCUUCUCUGGGUCAAUUUGAUUAUGGACACAUUCGCAGCACUUGCGCUUGCGACGGACCCUCCUACUCGUAGUGUCCUCGAUAGAAAGCCAGAUAGGAAGUCUGCUCCUCUCAUCACUUUGAGAAUGGCCAAAAUGAUCAUAGGCCAGGCUAUAUGCCAACUCGCCAUCACCUUUGUGCUGAACUUCGGUGGCAAGAAGCUUCUGGGCUGGUACGAUAACUCUGAAAAAGACUCCAAAGAACUGAAGACUCUUGUCUUCAACACAUUUGUCUGGCUACAGAUAUUCAACGAAAUCAAUAACCGCCGCCUGGAUAACAAGCUCAAUAUAUUUGAAGGUCUUCAUCGCAACAUGUUUUUCAUUAUCAUCAACCUCAUAAUGAUAGGAGGUCAGGUUCUUAUUAUAUUCGUGGGCAGUGAUGCUUUUGAGAUUGUCCGUUUGAGCGGGAAGGAAUGGGGAUUGUCGAUUGGGCUUGGAGCAAUAUCUAUUCCUUGGGGUGCAGCCAUCAGACUCUGUCCAGAUGAGUGGAUUGCUGCCUGCCUCCCAGGCUUCCUUCGGAGAAGAUGGAUCUCACCUCCCGAGGAGGAUUUCGCUGCCGAGAAAUCGCUUGAUUCAGACGAUGAAUUCGUGCGGCCACCACUCCGUAUUAUGAGUUCUCUUCGUGGACCACGUGUACAGCAGCAUAUUGGGUUCAGGGAGCGAAUGCGAAGAUGCAAAGAGAAGACCAAGGAGAAGACUAAGGAAAAGGUGAAGGGAGGAAACGACGAUGCAGACAAGUCAGGGACGAGGAGCCUCUUCUCCACCAACUAUCUGAUGCUCGCGACCGUCUUCUCCGCCGGUUUCGCCUGGGAGAUCGGCUUCAACAACGUCAUGGACAAGGUCUGGGACAACAACAACCGAGGCCGACAAUGGAAGGACAUCCGACACAAGUUCCUCGAGGGUGGCGAUGAGGACGAGGAAUAA